AGCAUGUGCAGCCUUAUUUAUGCGACAACAAAACCGUCGCCCACACAAAUAAGGUUGUUUUGAAGGAAAAUGGGGUUAAGAGGGAAAGGGGGUUGCGCUAUUGAAAGGGGUUGAUCAUUUCUGACCCAAUGCUGUCGUAGAGGCUCUUCCCCCGCAUAUGUUACUCUGGCCCCUGCAGGUGGCUCGGAAGUAGUUUUAGACAGUCAGAAAUACUGUACGAGUCCUCUCCUGAAACCGAUUUGCAUAUCUAGCCGCGUCAAAAUGUGUUUUAUAUCCCUCAAAGCGACGCCGUCUAAUUAGCUCCCCGGAGUGAGAGGAAACUUGGCAGCGGGCUCUUGUUGCAGUUGAACUCGGCUGCACUAGCCGGGCCACGGUGCUCGCCGAAGCAUCUGCAUAACCGGGAUACAGACAAAAUCGAGCCCGCAGUCCAGCUGCAGAUUGGGAGACGCGGUCUGCAGGUAAUCGGCGCGACGCAGAAAAUGAAGACGGGAACACCUUUCCUGUAACAACAUACAGACAUGAAGUACUUCACAGUGACACUUCUUCAAUGAAGACCACUGCAACAAGGCUAAGGAACACUUUCUGCGGUGACAGUCCCCUAAAGUAACACAGAAGUGUAAUGCUUUGCCCAAAGCACUGUGUGCAGUUGGAAUGAGACUUAGAGGCAGGGAUCUUCAAGAUUCUCCCGUAUCCUGGAUACCCAACAUUCUCGGAGUGCAGAGCGUCAGGCUGCGGCUGAGGCUGGAUCGCCGUGACAACAAGGGCAGAGGCUGUUGGCAGCUGGUUGACUUGGGCAGUGGGAGUGAGCAAAGCUGCCGCAAAUUGCGAGACAGGACCCCACCGACUCUGUCGCAGAGUCCAAUGAGUAUUCCUGCAGCAUCAGCGCAGAAAGCAGACAACAGUGAAAUGCAAUCGCCUGCAAUGAGUCCCUCGUUCAUCCCGGGCCAGAGAGGGAAGAUACCGGGCAGGAAGAGGGGGAGACCCCCCAUUCGCAACAUCCCCAAAAUGGAUUUUCAGAACCGCUACUCUGAGUCCCUCUCACCCCUCAAAGUUCCCAAGAAGAGGGGGCGGAAGCCUGGAUUUAAGCUCAAGUCCCGGCUGGUGAUGACCCCCCUGGCCAUCUCCCCGCCCAGCAGCACACCUGAGCCGGACAUGAGCUCCAUCCCACAGGACGCAGCCACCGUCCCUCACUCCGCCACGCCCCAGGUGCUCACAGUCUGCAUAUAUAUAAACAAGCAAGCCAACACAGGUCCUAAUCUUGACAGGAAAAAAGUGCAACAGCUCCCUGAUCAUUUUGGGCCGGACAGACCCUCUGUUGUGUUGCAGCAGGCGGUCCAAGGCUGCAUUGACAGUGCUUUCCAGCAGAAAGCCGCAUUCUCCCUGCUCACGCAGGGUUACGGCGGAGAGAAAAUCUCAGCCACAUUUGAUGGGAAGCAGCACCUUCUGAGUCUGCCCGUAGUGAACAGUGUUGGCUAUGUGCUUCGCUUCCUGAAGAAGUUGUGCCGCAGUUUGCACUGCGAGAAUCUCUUCAGCGAUCAGCCGUUCACACAGCUCCAUGCGGCUGCCUACCACUUUGAGGGAAAUGCGCUGUCCACUGAGACAUCAAUGCCGGAGGACUACUUGGUGGACCCGAUAGACUCGAAGCGUUACUCUGUGGACCCCAGCGACUCUGCCUUUAACUCCAUGAGCUCGCCCUACCCACCCAAGCCCUAUGGGUAUCGCUCUUGCCAGCAGUUUCAAGGCGGCUCCAACCCCAUGGGCCUGUGCCGGCAGACAUCCAGCCCCAGCGCCUUCCAGGAAGGAAACAGAAGUGCCUACAGCCCGUCUCCCGAGUCGCAAGAGUCGAAACCCCCGCCAAGCAAGGACCCGUCCACCUGGACGGUGGAGGACGUGGUGUGGUUCGUCAAGGAUGCCGACCCUCAUGCUCUGGGACCGCAUGUAGAGGUCUUCAGGAAACAUGAGAUUGAUGGGUACGCAUUACUUCUCCUGAAGAGCGAUAUGAUCAUGAAGUACCUGGGACUGAAGCUGGGUCCAGCCCUGAAGUUAUGUUACCACAUCGAUAAAUUAAAACAGGCCAAGUUCUGAGGGCCUGUCACUCAACUUCUCAAUUAUUGCAUUGCAAUUAAUGGGGUAAUGCAAAGUCAUAGUAUUUAUGUUUGUGAAAGAAAAGAAAACAAGUUUUGACUUUUAAUUUACAGAACAAGUUCAGUUUUAAGUUGGUGGCCAGCUACCAAUGUUGACUUGAGGUUCUGUCUGGAUGGCAAGGUUGGGCAUGGGAGUGUUGAGCUGGUUUCCUGCAGGUGUUUGAGCAAAGGCACUGUGAGUCAGGAAACAAGCAGGUGCUAUCUGGAAAGAUCCAUUAGAAGAAAACCCAUAUGGUGUAUUUAUACCCGCUUUUAUCAGAUUUACCUUGUGAGCGUAUGCCAAUAAUUCACUCCACAUGCAGUCUCUUCACUUUGCUGCACAUUGUAUUCUGAAAGGAUAAUUGUGUAUGCAUUAUAAAAUCAGGAAAUGGAUGAGAGUCAAAUGUUAGAUGUCAUGAACUCAAGGUCAAGUUUUCUCCACAUUCACAUCCAGGUAAGAACUGACGAAGGUCCCAGAGGGGGUUGACCCACUGUUACCUGCUGCUACUAUUUUAACAGCCUCUCACCUUUCAUUCACAGAAAUCUGAAAAAAAAAAAACAAACCCCAUGUAUCUGAUAAAUAUGUAGUUAAUCUGAUAAUGACAAAGACGUUAUUCAUUACUUCAGUCAUACUACUGUUUCUCCUGUUCAAGGCAUUUGGCAUAUGAGCUUAAACAUAUGUCUUGUACACAAAUCUGGGUUUGUUGCUUGCAUUUUUGCAUACAAGAAGCUGAGAAAUUCCAAAAUCCCAGCAGGUUGGAGUGGAUACAGAAGCAAUACUGUGGAGCAGUAUUAAAUCCAGCUAUGAAUUUGAAAAUCUUGACCUCGAGAUAAUGACGUCUGAUAUGUGGGAUUCUCCACAUCUGACAAUGCUGCUGAUUGUCAAAUGUACAUAAUUACAGCUUCAGAAUUAUGGCGUUAGGGGGCAGUGUGUAGUAAUGGGGAAGACACGUGUGACAGAUUAUUUAUGAUGCAUCGAAAUGGUAAAUUUGACUGAAAGGGGGGGUGUAUGAACACUAAGCGUUACUGAAAAAAAAUAUGGAUUGGGUCAAAAACGAUGUCAGGGCAGGCACUUGGGAGGGGAAAUGAUCACUAACUGCUGCCAUAAUGCAAAUAUAAACCCUUGUGAUUUCUUUUCCUAAAGUGAGCCAUUGGACCCGUUCAGUUUUUGCCGUUUUUAUUGAGUGGAAUUCCUACAUGAGCUGCAGUGACGGAAGCACCGUCUUGCAGCCUCAGUCUGUUGGCACAGUGUCUGAAAAAGAAACAGCAGAACAGAAGGCCCCACUGGGCAUAGGAGAUGCUGGCCUUGCCUGAGCCACUCACCUUCUGCCCCCUGCUGGUCCAGUAAGGCAUAUCAACACUUGCCUGCUGUCUCUCACCAGCAGUAUGAAUCACCACUUGGUGGGUCACCAGCAGACAUUCCUGUCACAGUGCAGCUACAGUUGACGCAACUGGGUACCACACAAGGUAACAGUUCAUUCAGGUGACUUCCUAUCAAACCUCUACCAUCAGGUACAGAAUGUUGUCAAAUAAAUUGCCACUGGAAUCUGCCAGGAUUACAACACAUCCAAACAAAUGUCAUUUAAUAUUAAGAGAUGCCAUGUUUUUUUUUUGUUUUUUUUUUAAUGCACCGCCUCAAUUUCUGCAGGUCAAUCUUAGAUUAAUUUAUUACAAGUAGAGAUGUACAACCAGUUUAGCGUGUAAUAGGAUGACAUGAAAUAAGACAGUGUGGGUGAGCCACAUGAGGCUUGAAAAUCCAAUCUAGCACAUAAUUCAAAAGCAGUAAAGUUAGAGGCUCCCUUGGCCAUCGGCUUGUAUGUGAGAGGAGUCCAGCUUAUUACAAAAGUCACAAUAUGUACAGCACCACCAAGCAUUACAAAGACAAGUACUGAAGUUAAAUAUUUUUAAUCUGUAUGUUAUGAAUAUUUCUGCAUUUUUAAUACAUAUUCUGGCAUCUGGAUUUUUAGAAUUUAGGACUGAAGUAAAAGUACAUUAACACAUUCAGGAAAACGACUAUUUUUUUUUCGCCUUCCCUUACCACGCUCCAGCUCAACGUGGAGAUUCUGAGGGGGAAGCCUUUUGGAAGCCUCUUUUUUUGGUUUUGAGACAUAUGCAGUAUAUAUGAGCUUGAUGUUUUGUAUGUAUCUGGGUACACUUGUAAAUAAUGUCAUUUUAAAGUAACAAUGUAUAAUCAAAAGAACACGGUACAGUCAUAUAGUAUGUUUUGGCGAACAUAACUGGGAUUUGCUAUUUUUUAAACAUCAUCCAACUAUUUAAACGUAAUUAUAUAAUGUGACUGCUCGAAAAUAAGUUUGUAAAGAGCCGUUGAAUUGCUUUGCCGUGAUAGACUUUCCAGCUGAAGCCAUAGUGGCUACAUUCUGCUUUGAUGUCCUCAAUAUUUUUCAUAUGCAUCAGAGAGGUAGCCCUUAGAUUUGAAGUCCCCCAAGUCUCCAACACUAUCAUUUAAAUAAUGUAGCUGUCUCCUUUUUGAACUUUUUCAGCUAAAAGCUGACUUAUGCGUAAUUUUCCUCCAACUAGCUUUAAAAGCAGAGGCACUUAGUGCUUCAGACUGGAGUCCACAAAAAUGCAUUUGCCAUUUUAGUAGAAAUACCACCAUCACAGUACUUAAAUUGCCUCUAAACCCAAAUGAAGCUAGUCUGUAUGGAAGCAUUCAGCUUUGCUUGUGUGUGACUAUGUAUUGCAUUUGUGUAUUUUUUAUCAAUAUGUGUAUCUGAAUGCUGCUUUUUAAGAUAAUUAGAUAUAAGCCACGUCAAGAGGAAUGAGGCAGAGAUGUUACUUAGAUCCUGAAAAGUUUGGGUAUGAUACCAGGAUGACUGCUACAUGGAUCAUUCAUGUUGGUGCUAUAUUUGACUGUGUAUUUUAUUUGAUUUAAUUUUGUUUGCUUUAGUGUUGUGAAAAUUUGUGUAAUUACAACAGAAACAGACCUGCGUAUCUUAUGUGAGUUAUAAACAGAGCAUUAUAGCGUAAGAAUAAAGCAUUACACAUUACCCUGACAUUUCAGCCUUAUUCUUGUAUACUCAAGUGUCCUCUUUCAUCUCCAGGCAGUCAGAUGAACAAGUGUGUUUUGUGUCUGAUUGCACUAACGUGCCAGAUAGAAUUGAGCUGAUGA